CUCUUCACCGUUUCCGCGGUUUCUACCACAACUUGCAACGGCCUCCCCGCCUUGUUUGCUUUCCGGUCUUCUUACAUUCCUCUUAACGCGAAUUGAAAGUAUGUCACCGCGUUAUUCGGCGCACGUAAUGCUCUAAGCAGACAAGAUGUGUUGCUCAAGGAGCCUGCUUGUCUGACAAGUGCAAUCCUUUCCUGCUCACGUGGUACCCGCCUCGCCCGCCUUUCUUCGGAUGUCGAGACUGCCGCUCGCUUUUAUUCCAAGCCCAUCAACACUCUGCGAGCUGCCUCAUGCGGCUGACGGAACCAUCCCAGCACAUCCGACGCACUCUUUAAAAGAGACCCCGAAGCAGGGGACGGAAGUGCUGAAGAAAGUGAGCAGCUAGUAGUCGAGACAAUUUGCAACGGUGGUUCAACAUCACGCAAAGCCAUGAUCAAAGAGGAUAAGGUCGAGCUGACCAGUAUCUUCGGGGCAUAUGGUCCAUUCCAACGGAUCGUGUUCCUCUUUGCCGUCACGAUCAGCAUGUUUGGCGCGUACCACAACCUCAUCAUCACUGCUGUGGCGCCAAAGAUCGACCACUGGUGCGCAAGGCCCCCUGGCGCGGGCUUCGACAACCUGACCAACGACGAGUGGAAGCAGCUGGCAAUUCCCAAGGAGAUGAGACAAGGGGCUGAGCACUACAGUCAUUGCGAGGAGUAUGAUUUCGAAACCAACACUACGGUGAGGUGCAACUCCUGGGAGUACGACCACAGUCACUACAAGCGCACCGUCGUCGAUCAGUGGGAUCUCGUGUGUUCAAGAAGCUGGCUUGUCUCUCUCAGCCAAUCUGUGUACAUGGCAGGCUACAUGACAUCCAUGAUCAUUUUUGGACAACUCUCCGACAGGUGAAGAACCUACCUUGCCU